AUGGAACACAUUCCUCGUCUAUCAGAGGUCCUGUAUGUUGGUAUGUGUCGUAAGAUAGGGACACCGACAGAAGUGGCCAUCAGAAGUAGUGGUUGUGUAGGAUCUGUUGAAUUCGAUGAAGCUCACUGUUUAGCCAAUUUUCCUUGGCCUAAACUGUUAGGAAGUUGGGUUGACAGAUGUCAGAGACACACCUGGCCGCCGGUACCUGUGUUAGAAAAAAUCCUAAAAACUGAAUGUCACUGUAUGCCUAUUGGUAGUAAAGUAAAUAUGGCUUCUGACGAAUUGGAAUGGAGAUUAUCAUUUUCUCAAGCCGAACAACAACUGAAUAACAUGUUCAUAAACAAAGUUGAAGAUGAUGCACGUGAAUCUCUCUUACAACAGCUUUACCAGUAUUACAGAAUGGGCGUGUCCUGUUUACUGCUGAGUCCGACUCUCAGAUCAAUCCUAGAACCAGCCCUCUGUAGACCCUCCUUUAUGUUAUCUCCUGCUGAGGGGGAAUUUAUAAGUGUUGCAGAUUUAGUUAUGUGUGGCAUGUUAGAAAUAUUGAGCAAAGAUUUUUCUGCUCAACACAUUUGGGAAUCCUAUAUUUAUUUAAAAUCAAUGAACACACUAUCUCAGUUAUCAAUCUCAUCAUACCAGUUAUUAACAUUACAGUACUGUACUGCUCAGACUCUUGUUCGUUUAGCCUUCCUAAUGGCAAACAGUACUUCAUGUUGUACACAAAAAACUAUCUAUAACUCAGAUACAAUUAUUUGCGGCAUGUUAAAAAUGGCAGCAAGAUUAGGGUACGUGUCUCAUUUACUUUAUCUAGCAAUGUAUUACUAUAGAACAGGGAGGUAUGAUAAGACAGUACGCAUCAUGUAUCUCGCUAGACAAGGACUAUCACAAUCCUUUAUUAUUUAUGGUACUUUUGAUAGGCAGAGGUAUAAUGAAGCUGUAGGUAAUAUGUCUUUGUCCAGAAGAAUGAAGAAAACCUGGGUGAAUGAUGUGGAGUUAUCUGUAAAUAUCCCCUGUAUUGAAGAAUUAUGUUUAGAGCAGUUUGUGAGUCAACAAAAUGGAGAGACAUUCUUAAUUGUAUCACCGUUUGUUAUGGUAGAGAUGUUGUCUGUGUUAUCUCACUAUAGACUGGGUAAUAUAUCCCAGUCUUUACAGUCACUGACAGACCUACAGACACUGCUGCUGUAUGAUGAUGGGAGAUACGUUCCUCUAUAUUUAAGAGACAUAUCCUGGCAGAUACUAGGAAUCUGUCAGCAAGUUGUAGGAGACAUAAACGGGGCUUUAGAGUCUUAUGAAGAAUCGCUUAGACAGGAACCAUAUAGCAAAAUAAAAGAAGCUGCAGAUUUUAGAAUAGAAUGUAUUAAACAACAAUUACAAAGAACUAUAAACAUGUGA